GCCGCGGAGGGCGCUGCCCCGCGCCCCGGGCCGGCCCCGGUCUUGGGCUCUGGGAAGGAGAGUCGGCCCCGGGGCCGAAGAACCCGGGCGGACGGGGGCGCUGCAGAGGUGCGAGGUCGCGGCCGGAGCCGAGCCCGACGCGGCGUCUCCAGUCGCGGGCUGGCGCUUGGGCGCUGCCCCGGGUGUGCGCCCCGACCCCGCUCCGGCCCCCGACGUCGGCGAGGCGGCCCCGGGAGCAUGAGCGGGCAGCGCGUGGACGUCAAGGUGGUGAUGCUGGGCAAGGAGUACGUGGGCAAGACGAGCCUCGUGGAGCGAUACGUGCACGACCGCUUCCUCGUGGGGCCCUAUCAGAACACCAUCGGGGCCGCCUUUGUGGCUAAGGUGAUGUCUGUCGGAGACAGGACCGUGACUUUGGGUAUCUGGGACACAGCGGGCUCUGAGCGCUACGAAGCUAUGAGCAGGAUCUACUACCGAGGCGCCAAGGCUGCUAUUGUCUGCUAUGACCUCACAGACAGCAGCAGCUUCGAGCGAGCCAAGUUCUGGGUGAAGGAAUUGCGCAGCCUAGAGGAGGGCUGUCAGAUCUACCUUUGUGGCACUAAGAGUGACCUGCUGGAGGAGGACCGGCGGCGCCGCCGAGUGGACUUCCACGAUGUCCAGGACUAUGCAGACAGUGUGAGGCUUCCAUCACUUCUCUUUACAGAUAUCAAAGCUCAGCUCUUUGAAACAUCCAGCAAGACAGGGCAGAGUGUGGACGAGCUCUUCCAGAAAGUGGCAGAGGACUACGUCAGCGUAGCCGCCUUCCAGGAGAUGACAGAGGACAAAGGCGUGGAUCUGGGCCAGAAGGCAAACCCUUACUUCUACAGCUGUUGUCACCACUGAGUCACCACUCACCUGGCCUGGGGGAUUAAAGGAGUUCCCCAGAGGGGCUGGACCCAGCUCCUGUCUGGGCUAGGGUAGUCACAUGACUGAGCUACCCAGUCCCCGUGGCAGCAGAGGUGGCACCUGCCUGUGCUGGCCACGGAGCGCUCGGAGCAGCACUGGGCUGGCGGGGCACGAGGAGGGCUAAGAGCUGAUUUGGACCCCGGGCUUUUGCCCUGGAUGGCACCUGUGUCUGCAGACUAUUUAAGUGGCUUCCGAUCUGUAAAUAAAAUCAGUGCACUGUGAACCACA